UGGGACAAGCCGAGUAAGAGAAGUCAGCACAGCUCUUAAAGCAAGGUCCUCUCUUUCUUUUCCUCGAGGUCGUUCCUUGGCAGAAGCUCUGAGAGAGAGUAGAAUUUCUUGGGAUGGAUUUCAGCUGUGCUGUGGGAUCUCUCCGCCACGUUAUAGUCCCAGACAAAGACUGCUUGCUGCCUCUCAUUUCCAAGCUCGUCGGCUAUUGCAUUGUUGCCGCUUCCACCACCGUCAAGCUCCCCCAGAUAAUAAAAAUUCUGAAACAUAAAAGUGUCAGAGGCCUUAGUGUUGUAGCCUUUGAGCUUGACGUAGUCGGCUACACCAUUGCUUUGGCAUAUUGUCUUCACAAAGGACUUCCCUUUUCAGCUUAUGGGGAGUUGACAUUUAUUUUAAUUCAAGCUAUAAUAUUAAUUGCCACGAUUUACUAUUAUUCUCAACCUUUGGGUACUAAAACAUGGGUCAGGGCAUUACUAUAUUGUGCUCUAGCACCAACUAUCCUAGCUGGUCAGAUUGAUCCUGUUCUCUUUGAGGUCCUCUAUGCAUUUCAGCUUGCAAUUUUUUUCUUCGCCAAGAUUGCACAAAUAUGGAACAACUUUUCUAACAGAAGCACAGGGGAGCUCAGUUUCUUAACAUGUUUAAUGAAUUUUGCUGGUUCCAUGGUGAGAGUUUUUACAAGCAUCCAGGAAAGAGCACCAAGAAGUGUUCUUUUGGGUGCUGUAAUUGGUAUUACUACCACUGUUACCAUCCUGAUUCAGAUGAUCAUGUACCAAAAGCCUCAGGCCAAGCCAGAGAAGAAAAUAAAGUAGAACCAACCUGUCAUGGGUAGCUUUCCCAUCUUACAAAAGCCUCAACAGGUGCGGCCACCAAGCAUUCAACACACAAAUUUUAAAGUUCUUUAGGUGUGUCUCAUCUUUCUUUACAGUCGUAGCUUAAUUCAAGGGUUCAGGGGAUGUUCCAAGUGGGACUAUUCGACAUUAUCUUAUUGUUUAUCGAAUAAACAUUCGAUAGCCUAUUGUAAACCCUCAUCAGGAUUCCCUUUUUGGAAAGGUUUACUACUACAUCAGGAGCAAUGUCUUUCCUCUUAA